CGGCUCAGCCCUGCAGCGCCUGGCCGGGGCCGCGCCCCAGUUCCUCAUUCUGCCGGGGCUGCGCCGGGCACCGAGCGGUGAUGAUGGACCGCGACAGCAACAAGACGGUGCUGCUGGAGCUGCAGAGGGCUGCCGGCACCGGGAACAGCCGCUGCGCCGACUGCGGGAUGCCAGAUCCAGAGUGGGCUUCUUACAAACUUGGAAUAUUCAUUUGUCUGAACUGCUCUGGAAUCCAUCGCAAUCUUCCUCAGAUCAGCAGGGUCAAAUCCCUUCGGCUUGAUUUCUGGGAGAAUGAUCUGAUAGAGUUUAUGAAGAAGCAUGGGAACCUCUGUGCCAAAGCUAAAUAUGAGGCAAAAGUCCCUCCUUACUAUUACAUCCCCCAGUUCUGUGAUUGCUUGGUUUUAAAAGAGCAAUGGAUUAGAGCUAAAUAUGAGCGUGAGGAAUUUGUUGCCACCCGAGUCUGCCAAGAUCCUUGUUCUGCAGGCAGCCGGGAAGGAUUCCUCUGGAAGCGUGGACGGGAAAACAGGCACUUCCGUAAGAGACGAUUUCUCCUAUCAGCAAGGGAAGGAGUGAUGAAGUACUACACCAAAGAAUUUGGAGGUCCAAAAGCCAUUAUCAGCAUUGAGAAUCUGAAUGCAAUGUUCCAGACGGAUAAAAUCCAACAUGCUCAUGGGCUGCAGAUCACAUACAACACAGAUGGUCAAAGAAGGAACCUUUUUGUCUAUCACGAAAGUGGAAAGGAGAUUGUUGACUGGUUCAAUGCCAUUCGGGCAGCACGCUACCAUUAUCUCAGAACAACCUUCCCAAAUGUCCCUGAGCCUGAGCUCAUACCCAGGAUCACAAGAAAUUAUAUCAAGGAAGGAUACAUGGAGAAAACGGGACCAAAACAGAAGGAGCCCUUUAAGGUGCGCUGGUUCUGCCUGGAUUCACAAGAAAGGACCCUGAUGUACUUUAAAAAACCACUGGAUGCAUUUGCACAGGGCGAGGUUUUAAUUGGAACCAUGGAUGAGGGAUAUGAAGUGCGAGCUGGUGUGCCCCAGGGAGUCCGGGUGAAGAAGAAACCAGCGAUCACUGUGGUCACGCCAAUGAGAGAGUUUGUGUUUAUAUGUGAGAAUGAAAGGGAGCAGACGGAGUGGAUAGAUGCCUUAAAUGGAAUCAUUGCCCAGCCUUUGACUGGUUAAGACUAGCACUAAGUUCCGGUGAACUGCACUUCUUGGGCUCUAUUUGGUGUUGCUCUGUGGCCUCUUUCUGUUGGCAAGGAUGGUGCUCAAGGCCCUAGUGACUCUAGUACAAGGGGCUGCUUCUUCAAAAACCACAGGCACAGGAAGGGUGGCAACAGAGAAAUGGAUAAGGGGGAGUGCAGUUAUUCAGAAAUGAUCUGUGCCCCUGCAGAACCUCACUUGAAGUGCCUUCUUUCUUCCUACCCUCUGCUGCUUUUGAGCAGAGGAGGCCUUCCCAGCCUGACAGGGAUGAAUCAUCCAGUGUUGUCUCAUGGAAAAAACCACCAAGUCAAUGGAGAAAGUCUGACCCCAGAAGGACUGGCAUGCAUUUCCUUGAGGACUCCUGCAGGUGCUAUGUCAGCUCCUCCUUUUCUUGACUUGAUCUGAUGUCAGAAGGACUCCUGUACAUCCUGAAGGACAUACCUGACAAUCCAGGCAGUGGCAUGUAUCCUGCCAGUGAUGGGGGGUCACUGGUCACAUGGGUACAUAGUGACCA